AUGGGACACCUUAUUACUGUUGCUACCUGUUCGCUUAAUCAGUGGGCGCUGGAUUUCGAAGGCAAUCUUCAGCGCAUUCUCGAGAGUAUCCGCAUCGCGAAAGAGAGAGGCGCUAAACUUCGCGUGGGUCCGGAACUUGAAGUCACAGGCUAUGGUUGCCAAGACCACUUUUUGGAAGGUGACACCUAUCUUCACGCUUGGGAAGUUCUUGCUGCUAUUAUUACAAGCGAGGAAGCCAAGGAUAUGAUUCUGGAUAUUGGCAUGCCCGUCAUGCACAAGACUGUAAAGUACAAUUGUCGUGUCAUCAUUGCGAAUGGCCGUAUCGUUAUGAUUCGACCGAAAAUGUUCUUGGCCAACGAUGGCAACUAUCGUGAAAUGCGAUUUUUUACACCGUGGAUGCAACACAAGGUAGAAGAAUACUACCUGCCGCGCAUGAUUCAACGUUUGACCCAGCAAGAAACUGUCCCUUUUGGUGAUGCCGUUAUCAGCACGAGGGACACAUGCAUUGGUUGUGAAACAUGUGAAGAGCUGUUUACUCCCCAGAGUCCUCAUAUUGGUAUGGGCUUGGAUGGCGUCGAGAUCUUCACCAAUAGCAGUGGUAGUCACCAUGAACUUCGCAAAUUAAACACUCGUAUUGAUCUGAUGAAGGCGGCCACACAAAAGGUGGGCGGUAUCUAUCUGUAUGCGAAUCAGCAAGGUUGCGAUGGCGAUCGAUUAUAUUACGAUGGUUGUGCCAUGAUUGUUAUGAACGGUGAAGUCGUGGCCCAGGGCUCCCAAUUUUCAUUAAAAGAUGUGGAAGUGAUUACAGCUACUGUGGAUCUUGAAGAUGUCCGUUCUUUCCGGGCGCGUAUGGCGAGCCGGGGUAUUCAGGCAGCCCAAUCGGAAGCGUACCGACGAGAAAAUGUCCCCAUGUCGUUAACCCAUCCUGACAUGGAUUCGGAUAUUUCGCUCCGUCCCACCAAAGCACGCGAGGUGUCGUACCAUACGCCCGAGGAAGAAAUCGCCUUGGGUCCCGCUUGCUGGUUGUGGGAUUACUUGCGCCGGUCCAAGACGGGCGGUUACUUUUUACCUUUGAGCGGAGGCAUUGACAGUUGUGCUACCGCCACGAUUGUUGCUUCCAUGUGCCGUCUGGUGGUCAAGGAAGCCGGCAAGGGCAACCAACAAGUCAUUGAAGAUGCUCGACGACUUGCCAAUCAAGGCGACGAUUACGUGCCCAAAGAUCCUCGUGAAUUCGCCAAUCACAUCUUUUACACAUGUUACAUGGGUACUUCAAAUUCGAGCGACGAGACGCGCAGUCGUGCCAAACAAUUAGCGGAGGUCAUUGGCAGCUAUCAUACGGACCUCAAUAUGGAUACGGUGGUGAAGUCCAUUCACUCCUUGUUUUCGUUGGUGACUGGAAAAACUCCGCAGUAUCGUGUGCACGGCGGUUCCACCACCGAGAACGUGGCAUUGCAAAAUAUCCAAGCCCGUUUGCGCAUGUUGCUUGCCUACUUGUUUGCGCAACUGUUGCCUUGGUGCCGCUCAAGACCGGGGGCCUUGCUGGUGCUUGGCAGUGCCAACGUGGAUGAAAGUUUGCGUGGUUAUCUGACAAAGUAUGACUGCAGCAGUGCAGAUGUCAACCCGAUUGGUGCUAUCAGCAAGCACGACCUGAAGCGGUUCAUUGGAUAUGCACAAAAGGAAUUCAAGAUGGAGAUCUUGGGUGAAUUUUUGAGCGCGACACCGACGGCCGAAUUGGAACCUAUUACAAAGGAUUAUACGCAAUCGGACGAAGUGGAUAUGGGUAUGAGCUACGAUGAAUUAUCUCAAUACGGUCGUCUGCGCAAAGUUGAGCGUUGCGGUCCAUUCUCGAUGUUCUCCAAACUGGUGCAUGAAUGGGGCACCAUACUUCGACCAUCCGAAGUCGCGGCCAAGGUGAAACGGUUCUUCUUUUACUACUCGAUCAAUCGUCACAAGAUGACCACCAUCACUCCAUCGUAUCACGCCGAAGCUUACAGUCCGGACGACAACCGAUUCGACUUGCGCCCGUUUUUAUACAAUGCCAGUUGGAAAUGGCAAUUCAAUCGUAUCGAUCGUGCCGCUGAAGCUUUGGAAGCCCAAAGUAAUGAUCAUGCGGCCAAUUCAGCCGAUCAAUAG